UGAAAUGAGUCAAUACAAGGAUUUUGAAAAUUAUUCUCUUUCCACACAGAGAAGGAUUUUACAAGCUCUUCAACAUAAUGAAGAAAAUAAUUUAUUUAUGUCAACUGAUUCAGAGUCUAAUAAUGACGAUGAAGAAGAUAUGCAAUCUUUGGAAGAAGAAAAAAUAAACUUUUUGGACGAAGAAAAUCAGAUUGACAGUGAUUAUAGAGAUUCAGAUAAUAAUGAUUACAUUGAUACAGAAGAUGACGAAUAUGAUGAUCAGUCUAAUGAUGGUGAAAUAUUUUUCGAUAAUUUACUAAUUUUUUUAUUUGAAAAAUAAUUUAAUAUUCAAUACUUAUAGUUACAAUAUUCAUAUAAUUGAGAAAGAA